AUGUCGCGCUUCGCCUGCGGCAAGACGCACACCAUGCUGGCCACGAGCAGGACCAGGGCACCAUCCCCGCGCGUGGUGCACCAGAUGUUCGACUGCGUCGAGCAGACGCCCGACCGCGAGUACCUCAUCCGCGUCAGCUACAUGGAGAUCUACAAGGAGGUGGUAGCCGAUCUCCUGGCGGAGGGUGCUGGAACACCAAAGGGGCUGCGCAUCCACGAGGAUCCGCAGGGACAGGUGUACGUGUCGGAGCUGCGGGAGCUGUGCGUCAACACGCCAGAGAUGCUGCUGGGACUGAUGGGGCGUGGCGAGACGGCGCGCCAUUUCGGCGUCACCAACAUGAACGACCGCAGCUCGCGCAGCCACACCAUCUUCCGCAUCAUCAUCGAGUCCAGAGUCAGGGAUGAGGAGGGUGAGGAGGGCGCUGUGGUCGUCUCGCACCUGAACCUGGUGGACCUGGCCGGCUCGGAGCGCGCCCGGCAGACAGGCGCCACUGGCGAGAGGUUCCGGGAGGGCUGCUCCAUCAACUCGUCGCUGUUCGAGCUCGGCAACGUCAUCAGCAAGCUGAGCGAGGGCGCGCCCUUCAUCAACUACCGCAACAGCAAGCUCACCCGCAUCCUGCAGACGUCGCUCGGGGGCAACGCCAAGACGGCCAUCAUCUGCACGGUGACGCCGGCGGCUGUGGAGGAGACCCACUCCACGCUACGGUUCGCCAGCCGCGCCAAGACCAUCAAGAACAAGCCGCACAUCAACGAGGUGGUGUCCGACUCGGCGCACCUGAAGCGGCUGAAGCGCGAGAUCCACGGACUGCGCGCGGAGCUGCAGCGCGAGAAGCAGACCAACCGCGCCACCGAGGUGGAGGAGAUGCAGCAGGCGCUGGCCGAGCAGAGCAAG